CUUAUACUCACUAGCUAAAUCCGCACCAUCUCUCAUUUCAAGACCUAAACCGCACAUAUAUUUAUCAGCAUGGAAUCAGGCCAUAAGUGCCGGGGCUUCAUCAAGGCGAAACUGGGGCUGCCAUUCUAUAAAGCAGCCAAAUUGCCAACCUCUGCAGUGCAGUAUAGCAGUAGAGUUAUGCCAAACCAGUCGUCUCCAUCAGCUGCCACGACGAGAAUGGCUUUUGUGGUCCACCAGGACGUGAUUUCCCAGCCGAAGGCGCAGAAGGUUUCUUUCAUGGUACCUGACAAGGGCCGAGACUCACUAGGCCAGUUUGAUAAGUUGUUCGGCAUGCCUGGCGACGAGAGUGUCGACCUGAAGGCCGCAAAUUACAUAUCUUCUGUGCAGGAGCGCUUCAAGCUCGAGCGGGUCAACUCUGAGCGGAAGAAAAAUGAGGACGUCUCCUAGUGGUCACCAUGGUCAGCCAACUAUAUCUAUUCCUGAACAGUACUAGCACUAAGUUUAUUUUGUAGAGUUGCAUGGAUAUUGUAAUCUGCAACUCCAACUCGAGUCCCAAGUUACUAUUGUAUGGUACUAUAGUCUGAAGGAAUAGCCUCCCGAAAAUUUGUCAACUUAUGCUUUGAUUUGUGACCUUUAAGGACCUAAUAGUUCUAAUUACUGUUCAUUGA